AUGGGUGUAGGAGGAGUGUUGUUUUUAUUUCUAUCACUGCUUACUGCUUUGGUAAACACUGAUGGCGUUCCCUACUCUGAAACAAAGAUUGAAAAAGUUCAUAUUAUUUUUAUGAAUCAUUUAGAUGUGGGGUAUAAUGGUAUAUCGCCUACAGUGGGGUUUAUAAACAAUAUAUUUAACAUAUAUUACCACAAAUAUUUUCCACGAGCUGUAGCUUUAUCUAAAGCUAUAGAACAAUUACAAUCUAAUGUCACAUUUAUCUAUACUACACAUCCAUGGCUCGUCAGCUCCUAUAUUAACUGUCAAAAUGGUCCGCCCAUGUUACUUAACAACAUAACGUUAAAGUGUCCGACUGCUCAGGAAAUUGGUGAUUUCGAAUGGGCGGUUAAGAAAGGAUAUAUCACUUGGCAUGCGGGACCAAUGAACAUGCAGCCUGAGAAUUUGAAUCAAUUUCUUUUUGAACAAAGUUUGAACAUCAGUCAACAACUGGAUAACGUUUAUGGUAUACAACGACAGUUUAAAACAUUAAGCCAGAGAGAUGUACCGGGUAUGACCCAGUCCGUGAUACCAAGUUUAGCUAAAUAUGGCAUCAAGGGGAUCUCGGUUGGUGUGAAUCCCAGUACAAGCCCACCUGGUGUUCCCAAUCCGUUUCUCUGGCAAUUCCAAGGGGAAGAAGUAAUUGCAAUGUGGCAUAAAGGUGGUUACCCCUUGAAUCCUGGACCCGAUCCAUCACAGCCAGGUGGUUUAUCUAGAAAAGACUGUGUUAUUGUUGACGGCUUCUCCGAGGCCUUGUGCUUCGCCUUCAGGACUGAUAAUGCUGGUCCCCCAGAAUCGGUCAAAGAAAUAUUAUCGAAUUAUGCUAUUCUGGCUGCAGAAUUCCCAGGAGCAAAACUCAUGGCAUCGACAUUUGAAAAUUAUGUUCAAGCGUUAUACCCAAUCAAAGACCAGUUACCAAAAGCAAGUUAUGAAAUCGGAGAUACCUGGAUUCAAGGAAUUGCUUCCGAUCCUCUGAAAAUGUCCAAAUACAGAAGUUUUUCUCUGACCCUUCAAGAAUGUUUUCAAACCGGCCAGUGUGAUACAGAUGAUAGUAGAAUAUUUAAUGCUAUUAGAUACAUAAUAAAACCACCAGAACAUACAUGGGGACUACCAACAGUUAACGAUUUUAUUCACUGGUCAAACCCCGAUUUUAAUAUCGCUAGAUCAGAUCAGAAUUUUUUAAAUUGCGAUGCUGCCUGGGCAGAACAAAGGACAUUUAUAGAUUUAGCUUUAGCUUCGCUAGAAGAUCAUCCUGUAGUCGAGAGGGUUGUAGCUGGAUUAGCAGAACUUAUACCUAGAAAACCAGAUCUUACCAAUUAUAAUAUUGAAAAAGAUGUUACACAGACGUAUUAUUGUGAUGACCGAAUACAAGUAGCCUUCAACACCCAGGGUUUUAUACAACAUUUAUAUGAUCCUUACAACAAGGUGAACUGGGCAUCCGAGAAUAACCCCAUGGGCGAGUUUCUAUAUAACAGUUAUAAUGAUUCGGAUUUUGACUAUAUGAAUUCGUACUACAGUUAUCUAGGAAAUGCUGGCUUUUAUAAGAUUAAUCUAACUGAUAACGCUCAUCCCGAAUCCAAGAAAUGGCCAAUGAAAUUACAAACACUUUACAAAUAUGAAUUGCCUGAUAAAAAAUGCGAUUUUAUGUUGAAAUUGGUUCCAGUUUAUAGCCGCAGUAAUACAUGGUACGGGGCGCCAAGUGAAAUAUUUAUACAGUAUACAACACGUGGUAUAGAUCCGGAUGUAGGGGGUUACCCCGGUGGUUUGGAUAUAGUUGUUCAGUGGUUUGAUAAAACAUCUACACGACUUCCAGAAUCGUUAUCCUACAGUUUUACACCUACUUUAGUUAACGAUUUACAGUGGAGACUGUCAAAGAUUGGACAUCUUGUUGAUCCAGCCAAUGUUGUUCUUAAUGGCAGUCAAUACUUACACGCUGUAGACAAUGGUGCGUAUUAUAUUGAUGCUAAUGGCAACGGUUUACAGUUACUAACACAAGAUGUUCCAUUGGUAUUACUUGCAACUAAAAAGCGAUCUCCCUACCCGUUCCCCGUACCCUUAACCCCUAUAACGCAACAAGAUAUAAUAGGCCUAGGAUUUAAUUUUUAUAAUAAUAUCUGGGACACCAAUUAUAUUUUAUAUUACCCCUACCUAACAGGGGAUCAAGAUUUGAAAAGUCGAUUUAAAGUUAAUUUCUUUUAUAGACAAAAAUAAACCAAUUUAA